AUGUUGGAAAAUCUUACCAUGUUACAGUUGGACAGAUGUAAGCAGUUCUGUAAGCUUCCAGCUUCAAUAGGACAGUUAAAGUCCUUGCACAGAUUGCUGAUGGUGGAAACUGCAGUGACAGAACUACCCGAAAGCUUCGGAAUGCGUUCUUGUUUAAUGGUUUUAAAUAUGGGAAAGAAGCAUCAAAAGAGGGAAGACACAGAAGAGAUUAAUUUUAUAGUCCCAGCUUCUUUCUCAAAUCUAUCCUUGCUAUAUGAACUGCAUGCUCGUGCUUGUAAUAUAUCUGGUAAAAUUGCAGAUGAUUUUGAGAAGUUGUCAUCACUCGAAAUCUUGAAUCUAGGCCGUAAUAACUUUUCCAGCCUUCCAGCCAGCCUGAGGGGCCUGUCUCUUCUCAAAAAGCUUCUAUUACCUCACUGUAUAAAGCUCAAGGCUCUGCCUCCGCUUCCCUCGAGUUUAGAAGAGGCGGAUGCUGCAAACUGCACCUCAUUAGAAAGUAUUUCUGAUAUUUCAAACCUGGAAAACUUGGCGAUGCUGAACCUUAUAAGUUGUGAGAAAGUUGUGGACAUUCCAGGACUUGAAUGCUUGAAGUCCUUGGUAAGGUUGUAUGCAAGUGGUUGCACAGCUUGCUCAUCAACUAUUAAGAACAGGCUUGCUAAGGUGCUCUCCUAA